AUGGAUACACACACCACUAAAUUAGUCGCGAUUUCACUUCUACUGCUUCUCGUGAUCUCCGAUUACACUAGGCUAAUGAUUCAGGUUCACUCGUACGUACCAUUUUGUGCAUACACAUAUGAUUACUUUUCUUAUUGUCUAGACUUUCUCACGGGAUAUUACUACAAACCCGGUAAAAAAUGUUGUGUCCAUAUCGUAAAACUUAACAUAAUUGCGAAACACAAAAAAGAGAACCCGAGGCUUUUGUGUAAUUGUGUUGAGAUGAUGACGAGAGGUUAUACGCCUCCAAUGUUGGCUGAUAAGAUCCAACAGCUUCCUCUUCUUUGCAACACACAUCUCAGUUUCCCUAUCUCCUCUAGCAUGGAUUGCUCCACGGUUUAA